AGCGCGCUAGUUUUAAACCGAACGCGAAGGCAGACGCACGUUCAUUUCACGCGUGUUUAUCGAAGAAAACUUUCACGAUUACUCGAAUCACGAUAUCAAGUUAUGUGCGCGAACGCACGCUUCAAUAAACAUCUCAGUGGUUCAUGACAGUGCCAAUGUCUCCCAGCUUAGAAGGGAUCAUGUUUAACAGGAACACGAACUUGUCAGCGCGCCGGCCGUUGCUCGCGGAACCGCAAAAGCCUAUUGUAGUUCCACCACGAGCGCCACCACGCGAUUAUGGACCACAAAGACCCUAUCCAGCUACGAGAAAUUUAAUAAAUGAAAGCACUUAUGAAAAACGAACGGAAUAUUGGAAACCGUCAAAUGUCGAACUCGAAAGGCGAUUACAAGAGAGCCGCGCACGUGAAAAGGUCGGUUACUUUCAAGAUAAAGUAAUAUCACCGGAUUUGAGCUUGGACCGCAGGGAGGCUGAACUCGUAUUCAGAUUUGAUCCACACGCAUCAGCUGAAUAUCUAUCGAAUCAAUAUAGUGCACCCGCGGUUCAGUAUGCAAAGCCUUCAGCGCCAGCGAACGGGUUUACGAACCGUUUGCCAGAGCGAGACGGCCCUUUUGUAUUUGGAGUUCAUAGCCCGAGCCAAUUCCCUGUAUCCCGCCGUGAUGAUGACGACUAUGAUUAUUCUGAAGUGGCGGAAGAAAAUAAUCGUGCUGUGAUAGAGGAUGAUGACUCGGGUGACUUAAAUUGCUGUGAUAAAAUGAAUGAGUGGACUGUGCGUGACAAGAAAGGAAAAAGAACUUUAAAUAGAAUGUUUCAGAUAAAAGAUAGAAGGAGAGUGAAGUGUGGUAAGAAGGAAAAAAUUAAGUGUGUGUUAGUUGGGGAUGGUGCGGUGGGAAAGAGUUCAUUAAUAGCUGCUUACGCCCAGGAUACGUUCAGAGAGGAAUAUCAACCAACAGCAUACGACACAUUUAACGUUGUGGUGGACGUGGACGACCGACCUGUCUGCGUAGAAAUCUGUGAUACAGCUGGUCAGGAUUCAAUGUCAGAACUACGCGAGCUCUGCUAUCCGGGGACAGACGUGUUAAUGCUCUGCUUCUCUGUGGUCCGACCAGAGACAUUCCGGUCCGUGGCUAACAGGUGGACGCGGGCGAUCGCUAAUGUCAACGCACCCUUAAUUCUAGUCGGCACUCAGUGCGAUUUAGCGCUCGAUGGACGAGUUAUACACGCAUUAAAAGCCCGAGGUGAACACGCAGUAACCGAACUGGAAGCCAAGGCAUUAGCCGCCAAAAUAAACGCUGUCUACGUAGAAACAUCAGCGAAAACGCGGAAACAGUUGAAAGAUGCCUUCGACGCCGCCAUCUUGGCUGGGUUGCCAGUAGUGCAACCGAAACGACCGUUCUGGAAAAAACUGUUUUGUUUAAAUUAGCAUUAAAUUGAGAAAUUCGUAAAAUGUAAACACAAUUUUAAAAAUCCAAUAGUUUGAGAUGUUUGUUUUUAUUGUUUUUAAUCUGUGAAAUUGAAAAUGCCUACCUAAGUUAUGACCUCUGUUUUUCGUUACCUUCUUGCAAAUAAUAAAUGUUCGAUUAGUUA